AUGGACAGUAUUUCAUUUGGAGGUUGGGAAGAAGAGAAUGAGAUUGGAAAUGGAUUUGAGAGAAGUGCAUCCUCUGCAACCACCUCAUCAUCAGCAAUGCGUGCCUACGAUGUAUUCAUUAACCAUCGUGGAAUUGAUACUAAACGCACAAUUGCCAGCACCAUCUACCAUACACUGGAUUGCAUGGGACUAAGAGUUUUUCUGGAUAAAGAAGAGCUUCAGUUGGGGGAUUUCUUACCAGCGACCAUAAAUUAUGCAAUGCGUAGUGCUUCACUUCAUAUCGCCAUAUUUUCCAAGAAGUAUGCACAAUCCCCCUGGUGUUUGGCCGAGCUGUCCUUCAUGCUCAAAACUGGCACCAAAAUUAUUCCUAUUUUCUAUGAUGUUCAGCCUCGUGACCUCAGAUGGGUUGGGAGAGGAGGCUCAAUCUAUGCUAGCUCAUUCGCACAACAUGAAAAAAGUGGCAGAUACAGCUCCCUUCAGCUCGAUCAGUGGAAGAGUGCUCUGCAUAAUGUCUCAUUCUAUUGUGGGUGGGAGCUCAACAAGCUUAAUAAUGAUGAGGGAAGACUGUUGAAGAAUAUCGUGAAUGUUGUAUUGGAAGUGGUUAAAAACGUCCCAUUAGAGGUGGCAAAACAUCCAGUUGGUUUGGAUGAAACUGUAGCAGACUUUGAGGAGGCUGCAUUUAAAUCCGUUGAGUGUACGGAGAAUGUCAAAAUUGUGGGGAUUGUGGGCAUGGGCGGGUGUGGUAAAACUACUCUAGCCAAAGAUUUGUAUAAUAGGAAAAUCUCGUCCUUCCAGGGGUCCAGUUUUCUUUUUGAUGUGAGAGAUGCUGCAGCCAAAAACAUGCUGCAUAAGUUGCAGAAAAAACUGCUGGAGGACCUGCUGCAUGUCACAGGUUUGACAUUUGACAGUAUCAGUCAAGGCAAGGGAGUACUGGCAUAUCGCCUAAGAUUCAUUCGUGUGCUUAUUGUUUUGGAUGACAUUGAUCAUAUGGACCAAAUAGAUGCUCUGUUGCCAGCAAAGGACAACCUUGGAGCAGGCAGCUUGAUUAUUGUCACUACAAGGGACAUGGAAGUUCUUACUUGCUCCAGCAUAAAAUCUAUCUAUAAAAUGGGAGGUUUGGAUCGAUCCAAUGCAAGGCAGAUUUUCUGCUGGCAUGCCUUCUUACAGCCUUGCCCAACCCAUGGUUUUGAAGAUCUAGUUGAACAGUUCUUAAAUGCUUGCAAUGGGUUACCUUUGUCACUCAAGGUCCUUGGAGGACAUCUCUAUGGCAAGUCCAAGGUUUAUUGGAAGUCUCAGUUGCAAAAGAUCUCCAGAAUACUGCCUGACAACAUUAAACAGAAGCUGAGAGUAAGCUAUGAUGCACUGGAUGAAGAAGAGCAGGAGAUAUUCUUGGAUAUAGCUUGCUUCUUUAUUGGGGAAAAGAAAGGUUUGGCCAUCACAAUAUGGGAUGGAUCAGGAUGGAGUGGUCUGCACAGUCUAGAAACACUUGUGAAUAAGUCUCUUGUGGAGCUUGAUUAUCGGAACCACAUAAGAAUGCACGACCAUCUUCGUGACUUGGGAAGAGAGAUUGCAACUAAACAAACACCCUGCCGUUUCUGGUUUCAGUUUCAGAAACAACCCAAGAGAUGGCCCUGCGAAAUGACAAUAGCUGGAAGGGCAGUCCGAAAUGUGGAUUCCAUUGUAAACUCUCUUGCGUUCCCCAACCUUAAUGUGGUUGACAAGUUGACUCUAGUUGAGGAUGCUUCAAUGGUUCAGGAUGGGUGGUGGAUGUUACAAUUUCCAGAGACCUGUUUACGGAAUGCAACUGCUAUCAUCAUAUUUUUUGUUGUCCACUGUUAUCAAGAUACAUCCUUUUUGGUAUCUGUCCGUAGAGAGUUAGAUGGAUUGAGUGGCUCGAGCUGCAGUUCUAUGCGAUUGAGACAGGGGAAAUGGUUAUACAUAGGUGUGUUUGCAGAAGGUUCUUUGCUUAUGGAAGAUUUAAAGAAUUCAUUUGUUGACGCCAUAGAAGUUGACCAUCAGCCAGAAAAAUAUGUGAUAGAGAAAGGAAUGGCAGUCAUAAUGAGUAAAGGGAAGGAGUGUAAAAGAGUACACGCUUUUUAUCAAAUUUUGGCAUUGUUGGAGCAUUGCCAUUAACCUUACAAUGUAUCAAAAGUACGGAGGAUACUGGAAAAUGACCUAUAAUUAUCAUAAGGGAGAAGAAAUUAAAGUUUCAAAAGAAUUUUUCAUCAAUUUGUGGAAACUA